AUGUCUUCUUUACCGCCUCCACAUCCUUCUCUUCCUCUUCCCCCACAGCCAUCCUCUUCAAACCGGAACACAUAUUACCCUGUCACCUCGUAUCCAGCAUACUACAACUCCCACUAUGUUCAGGCUUACUCACAGUCUCCUGCUGCUCCGUAUUCCACCCAGCUGUACCCAGCCCAAGCCUCAAUGACCAACUCCAACUAUGCCAGUCAAUCAGCGCACACAGGGCCAGCCAGACAUUUUACUCCUCGGCCAAUCUGGUACGAGCCAGGUAACAACCGCUGCACCCAUCCAGGGUGCACCUUUUCGGGCUCUGCCAAAACAGUAGAAAUACAUAUGAUGGACCGCCAUCUCAUAUACCCUCCUGGGUGGGAAAAGCGAAAAAAAAAGUCCGAGUGGGAUGCUGACCCAAGUCUGAAAGGAAAACCCAUUCCAAUCCAAGGGACCAAUGUCAUUUUAGACACCCCCGAGGUGCUGGCAGCCUGGAUAGCAGAACGCAAACGACGAUUCCCAACAGCGAACCGUGUGGAAGAUAAAAAGCGCAAGCUUCAAGAAGCUGCAGAGCGCGGCCAGCUUGACAUUAUAGACAGUAGCCAUUUUAAUAAGCGCCCCAAAACCGAACCCUCCUCUCACCAUUUCAAUCGCGAUGACACGAGGCACGAUAGCCGGCCCACCCAGCAUCACAAGAGUCGGGGGAGACAGGAUGAUAGACACAAUAGAAAACAAGAUUCUGGAUGGCCUAGAAAGGCCAAGAACGAUGAUCGUGUGGUUGAGUCCGCAAAGAGUAUUCCUGUAGAGUCUGUUGCAACCGAUUCUGGGUCUGUGUCUGACGACGACGAUGAUGAUGAUGGAGCACCUGAAUCACUCUCUUCUAAAGUUGUUCCCCAGACGGCACCUUCAGUGGAUCAAGAUGCUGAAGCGACUGUCAAGGAAAGUACGCGAUCUGCGUUACCCGUAGGUUCUACAAAAGGUAUGAAUGGGAAGAAACCCUUGCUGGAGCCCAAGUUACCGCCUAAGAAUCCAUUUGGCUCACGUCCCACUCUCCUACGCAAUUUACUCCUCCCUGAAAUAAGAGUCACCGUCUCCAAUCUGUCUCAAGCCAUUCGAUUCAUCGUGGACAAUGAUUUUCUCCGUGAUGUUGAACUAAAGCCAGGACAAGCAGCCGAAAGUAAUAAAAUACGUGUUGUUGAGUUAGAUCAGGACAGCACCAAAACAUGA